CAAUCUUCUCUGCACAAACCUUCCCUGACUCUAAGAAAAACAAAUGAAUAGUCACUGCCAGCCGAUUUAGAUUCUGUAAUGCUAUAUAAAUGCCAUCAUUUCCCUUUUUCCCCUGCCCAAGUUAUCGUUCCUCACCCCAAUAAUAGAACUAGAGCCGCAUCGCUACGAACCUCGGCCCGCCUGCACCUCAAAUCCGGGGAAACCAUCACAACCUACAAUUUUUGCCCAUAACCCAUUUCCUCCACGACAACCCGAUAUUUCUUUCGCCGACACGGGUACAGGAAUGCGCCUGUAGCUACAAAACCCACAGUGCGCACAACUCCUUCCUCCUUGCCCAGCAUGUCCUUCGACCCCUCCCAAUGCGUGGGCGACUGCCCAUUCUGCACCAUCAGCACAACCUUCGCCGCGACGCCCCCCUCCGCACCCAUAGCCUUCAACGCGGACCUCGUCUCACCGGCCGCAUUCGUGGUGCUCAGCACGCCGCUGGUGAUGGCGUUUUUGGAUAUCAUGCCGUUGUCGCCGGGGCACUUGCUGGUUACGACGAGGGCGCAUCAUGAGAAGGUGUCGGAUGUGACGGAGGAGGAGGCGAGGGAGUUGGGGUAUUGGUUGCCGGUGUUGAGUAGGACGUUGGCGAAGGCGACGGGGGUGUGGGAUUGGAAUAUUGUGCAGAAUAAUGGCGCUGCUGCUGCACAGGUUGUGCCGCAUGUUCACUUCCAUAUUAUUCCUCGACCGGCUUUGACUCCGGAACUUCGCAAUAAGAGCUUUACUAUGUUUGGGAGAGGGCAGAGAACGGACCUCGAUGAGGAGGAAGCGGCCGAGCUGGUGGAGAAGCUCAGACAGGAACUGGCGAGGGAAACUGGGAAGCCGAAGAUAUGACUGCCAUGUCGGCUUUGCCUGGUAUAAUAAGAUGGGCGGAUGGGAUUGUACAACAUAAUGCCUCUCGACGAGUAUCAUUUAUACGAUAGUUUGCGUUGAAGUUGCGGGGUGGGCGGUGAUUGGCGGAUUAAGCAUGGAUCUACAAGCGGAUGUUGUAUGUUUUGGAAGGUUAGAGAUGAGAUUUGGGAUACCGCGAGAGUUUAUUUAGAAUAUUUGAUAGCGAUAUUAGAUACUUUUCAACUUCAUCUUUUGUUG